ACACAAUCAUCCUACGAUCCACAGAGUUCCAAAAUUAGCGAAAAUAGAUUUUUGAAAAGAGAAAAUUGGAUUUGUUUUUGGCAGUCUAAAAGCAGAGACUGCGCGUCAAUAUAUAAAGAAGUGGAAAAUUUACCACAAAUCUCUCUUCACCCUCAAUCUCCGCUCUCUCUCUCUCUCUCUGUUUAACAGCCAUUGAAACACAAUUGAAAUUAAUUAUACUCUCCUAUUACUACAAAACUAAAUCCAAAUCAUAUUUAAUAAUUUGCAUUUCUAAUCUCUCUUCUUCAAGAUCCGCAUUCCCAUUCUUCAGUUAAAGCAUUUGAUCUGUGAUAUAGAAUUAUAAUUACCAACUGCACAAUGACCAUGGUCAAUGGUGAGCUUCACACUGUGGAUACAAAUGGAAGCAUUACAAAUGAUAACAAAUCUUUUAAGUUCUUUGUGGGUUAUGAUCCGCGAGAAGAUAUCGCGUAUCAGGUUUGUCGCCAUUCGAUCAUGAAGCGAUCUUCAAUUCCUGUAGAGAUUAACCCGAUUGUUCAGUCGGAACUUAGGAAGAAAAACCUUUAUUGGCGUGAGAGAAAUCAAUUGGAGAGCACGGAGUUUUCGUUCACUCGGUUCUUGACUCCGUACUUGGCCGGCUAUGAUGGUUGGGCGGUGUUUGUUGAUUGUGAUUUCCUGUAUUUGGCUGAUGUUAAGGAGUUGAAUGAUUUGAUUGAUGAUAAAUACGCUAUUAUGUGUGUGCAACAUGACUAUACCCCGAAAGAGACCACGAAAAUGGAUGGAGCGGUGCAAACUGUUUAUCCUAGGAAGAAUUGGUCUUCGAUGGUGUUGUACAAUUGUGGGCAUCCGAAGAACAAGUCGUUGACUCCUGAAGUUGUGAAUACACAAACCGGAGCGUAUCUCCACCGUUUUCAGUGGCUUGACGAUGAAGACAUUGGCUCAAUUCCGUUUUUGUGGAAUUUUCUCGAGGGGCAUAACAAGGUUGUGGAAGGUGAUGCCACGACUUCUCCAAAAGCAAUUCAUUAUACUCGCGGAGGACCAUGGUUUGAUGCGUGGAAGAACUGUGAAUUUGCAGACUUGUGGUUGAAGGAAAUGGAAGAAUACAAGAAUGAGAAUGCAAACAAGAAGGUCAGUGACAAUUAAGAAGAAUGUGGCAUUAUUUGUAGUUGUAUUAGUGUUGUUAAUCUCUUAUGCUUUAUUUAUAAUCUAUUCUUUAAGAUAAAUUUGUUAUGUGUAUCCAUAGAUUUAUGACUCUUCUCUAGAGUUUGCAAUAGUCACCGCUACCACAUAGGAAUUUUUUAGCGUUGCAAAAAUGUCGUCUAAUUGUUUAUCACCUUGUUGGAGGUGUAUACUAUGAAUGUAUUGUGCAGCAUAGCUAUGUGCUUAUAGCAAUAUGCUUUAUUUGAUAAAACUGCCUUUAAGAUUGAA